ACCUAAGUGAUGAUUUGUUAUCAAUACCUUUUAAAAUCAUCAUAUUGUAGCAGGCUAGCAGCCAGUGCUUUCUAUAUAAAGAAUCAAAUAUACUCUGUGACUAAUUACAUCAAACACAUCAAGCAAAGUAACAAAUUCCAUAAACACAAUUAGCUAAAAGAAAGAAACAAUCAUGAAGGCCACCAUAUCCAUCACUACCAUCUUUCUCGUGGUCGCUUUGGCCGCACCCUCCCUAGCUCGUCCUGACAACCAUGUCGAGGACUCUGUAGGCCGUCUACUUCGUCCUGGUCAAACGUACCACAUCGUACCUGCGAAUCCCGAGACAGGAGGAGGUAUUUUCUCGAACAGUGAAGAAAUCUGUCCUCUUGACAUCUUCCAGUCAAACAAUCCGCUUGACUUGGGCCUACCCAUCAAAUUUAAGUCCGAGUUAUGGUUUGUUAAGGAAAUGAAUAGUAUCACCAUCGAGUUUGAGGCUCCGAACUGGUUUUUGUGUCCUAAAGAAUCCAAGGGGUGGAGAGUUGUGUACUCUGAAGAAUUCAAAAAGAGUCUUAUAAUAAGCACUGGUGGUUCAUCAAACCCAAGUGGCUUCCAGAUCCAUCGAGUCGACGGAGGUGCUUACAAGAUUGUAUAUUGUACAAACAUCUCGACUACUACGUGCAUGAACGUUGGCAUAUUCACCGAUAUCUCUGGUGCACGACGCUUAGCCUUGACCAGCGAUGAGGCUCUCCUAGUUAAGUUCCAGAAGGCAGCAACUCCAAAAGCUGAUUUGAAGACUAAGCUGAGGAUGUUCCCUUUCUACUGAUUCACAACUCUUGUACCAAGAAAAAGUGUCAAAAAUAUGGCCUCUUGAAUAAUGGUUGAGACAAUACCAACCACUUGUGAUUAGUUUGUGUGUUUUUUCUGGUAUGAUCAGUGUGUCACUGUCAUGUGUUUUUUGCUUUGUUUAAGGAUUAUGCUUGUGUAUAAAUGAAUUAUAUAAAACCCGCUUUGUGUUUAUGGAUUUGGGAGAUAUGUAUACUAGAGCGGACGACAUAUUAUUCUUUCGGUCUCGCAACAACUUUGUAAAAUUUGACCAAUUAAAAAGUGCUUAAAUAAUUAACCCUAAAUAAA